AGGAGCUGGAAAUCGGAGUUUACAACUUUUUGGAGCUAAUUGAUACAAAAAGAGACUGCAAAAAAUCAUCCAACUUGAGCAAAGGAAGAAGUUUACUCCAAUGAUGGACCUAAUUACAAAGUAUUGAAGUUGUUGGGAGAAGAAGUUGCGAAUAAGAAACUUUAUGGACUGAAUUUUAUCAUUGAAGAAAGUUUGGACCAAUUGUUGAGAGGCUGAAAAAUUAGAGGACCAAUUCUACAAUUUUGACCCUUGUUUUAGUAAUUGCGGCUGACCUAAUCUACAUAUAACUAAGGGUGGUGUGGCACGGUAUAGUGGCUGUUGCCCGUGCCUUGUGUACACCUAUUUUACAUUGAUUGGGCAAAUAGAAUUGAAUAUUAUUUGGUUCCUACGUGUCUUUGUGCCAAUGUACCACCAUUUGCCUACCAUUUGGUGCUUUGGGUUAGCCGGAAAAAAAACCUAUCAUUUGCAUUCCUUUUACUGAACUUUGAUUUGGGCGAACCAAAUCUGCUUCACUUUCCUUCGGUUAGCUAAAAAAAAAACCCCAAAAAAACCUACCAUUUGGAUUGCUUUUGCUGAACUCCGAAUUGCGCGAACCAAUUGGAUUUUGGCUAGCCUGUGUUCAUCGAUAUAUUUUGAAAGAGACGGCGGUAUAUAGCACCUCUGUUCUUGAAGGAAUUACAAGAGUGCUUUCUGUUGAGUUCUGUAAACUGCUUUGAGAUUCAAUCACUUGGUUAAAAAUGUCAACUUCCUCAACUACAUCCAUCAGCAGGUCUGAAGAAUCCAGGUGUAUACCACUUGCAAGUUUGAAUGAUAAAUGUAAUGAAUGGUGUGUCAAAGUAGUGGUGGCUGAAAAAACUCCAAUUCGACGAUCUGCAGCCGGAGAUCUAUAUCAAAAAUUGCUUUUUAUUGACGAGGAGCACACCAAAAUCCAAUGUAAUGUGUUUCAGACAGAUGACGUAAAUAAACUGAAUGAUGUGAUUCAGUUAUAUAACACAUAUUACAUUGGAAAUGCAAAAGUAAUUCCAACAAACAGAAGAUGCAAUCCUAUGACCCUUAGCUUAUGGGAAGAAUUCAUAGACAUAGAAGGCCAUCUUUUAGUGGACAAUAUCCACAAAAAACCCAUAAUUAUGGUCAUGCGACUCACAGCUUAUCUCUUACUACAACCAGAAGUACUGUCAUCUUAUUUGAUCCGCCAACAAUCAAGGCUCGAGAACUACAAUCAUGGCUAGACUCUAACAAAGAUACUGUAGAGGACAUCAUUGCUGAUUACAUUAACAAAAAGCCACACCAGAUUGUUCACCGACCAACUGAUUCCAGAAUUCGUACAAUCAGCCAACUGCUGAAUUUAACUCACCAAGCUACGAUUUGAACUCCAGCUGGCUGACGGUACUGGAAGCCUUUGUGCUACCAUACAAGAAAAAGAAGCUGAAAUGCUUUUGGAAAUGUCAGCAUCAGAUAUUGUUGAGCUUGAACAAAAAGUAUUUUCGUCAAAACAAUACUUUACUUUUUCAUUUACUUUAUUUGCAAUAGACUAACCACUAAUGUUGUAUCGAUAUAAUGCUCAAUGACAGGAAAACAAGUUAGACAUUGCUGGCCUAAAUCAAAAACUUCGAAACGAACAACGAUUCUUCCACCUCCGAAGCAACAAGAAAACAAAGACAUCCAUCCAUAUCCGAUAUACUGUUAUUACCUCCUUACCAGUAUCCCAAUCAACUUCCAAUGCACCAUAUUCUGAAAAGGAGAGUACUACAUCCAGUGCAGACAGUCCACUACCAACAGAUACAACAAUAUCUGAAGAAGAAGAAGCAACCACAUCAAAGCAAACAGAAGCAAAAGCUACUUCAACAAAGAGAACACUUCAACCAGCUCCUAAACCAUCACACACAAAACAUCUAAAGCAAGAAUAACUGGUCAACACGUGCCCAAUCUGGUUAGUGACAGUAUGUGCAAAAUUCUCUACCUUUCGUCCUUCAAAUUUUUGUUGUAUAUAGGCUUUGGCUGACAGUACACAUGCAUUUUUUUUAGUAAUUGCAUAUGUGCAGCCAUUGUCACUUCUAUAACUUCAAUCUUUUGGCAAACACAGCAAAGCAUCACAAACAAACAGAUAAUAUUGAUGCUUACAAACUCAUGUUUUCAUAAAAUAUAUGUAAUAGCCUAGCUUGCUGUUGUAAUUUGGAUAAACAGGUCUACCUUAGUGUUGUGAUUUGGAUAAAUAGGUGUAUACAAG